GUUAAAGAAUAAUUAAAAGAUGAAUAUCAAAGAUGAUAAUGUCAAUAUUCGAACCUUUGUUGAAGGUUUAACUAAAAUCACAUCAGAUAAUUUACUUGAAUUGACAAAAAUUUCAUUAACCUUAUUAAAAAGUACACCGGCAAUUAAAGAUGCGGCCCUCGAAUUCUAUUGUACUUUAUUUAAUAUGGCCGUACGAACAUAUCUACAAAAUAUUGAGACAGAAAUAUCUACAGGACGUACUGUUGGACCAGGUGAAUCGAGUGCCGAAGAAGAAGAAGCUUCUGUUGCUGAAGUACAUACAGCGCUUUGUAAUUACAUAACUGCAAAUCCUGAAGUAUGGGCCCCAAUUGUUAGUACAUGGUCAUUACAGUUGUUAGGUGAAUUGUCUACAAGAUAUGCGGGUCGAGCUCAUAUUCCUGUCGACUCAGGUUUAAAUGAAAAAAUGCAUUUAUGGAUGGGAUGUCGUGCGACCCGUACUCUCAUGGAUAUUACAACACAAUGUCUUUCAUGUUUAAUGGAUUCGGAUACCGAGACAUGUAUAAGUGCGCUAUUAGAUUCAUCUGUUAAACAUUCGCCACAUUUCGAUUGGGUAGUAGCGCAUGUUGGUAAUUGUUUCCCGGAUACAGUUAUUACACGUGUCUUAUCGUGUGGAUUAAAAGAUUUUGCUCAACAUUCUCGUGUAUCCAUUAGUGAAUCAUCGCCACAUGCAGAUAAAGCAAAUCGUUUAACUUCAAUUGUUGGUAUUUUGGAUCACCUGGCUUCCAGUCAUUUUAAUGAUAUUCGUACAGCAUUAUUGGAUUUAUUUCAUAGCAGUCUUCAAUAUCAAGGAUUGGAACCAGAAGUAAAAUUACAAAAACGUGUAACAGUUCCAUAUUUACUUCAGUUGGCGUCUACUUCACAUACGUUACGUAAAGCGUUAACAAUGAAUAUACAAGAAACUGUUAAUGUAAAUAUGAUAACACAAUUCAAUGAUUACAUCAGUGAAUGGUGUAAACAUUUUCAAUCAUCUGAAUCAUUUUUGGAUUUAGUAGUACAAUUAGCACUUGGCUGUGAACAUGGUGGAAUACAAAUUAUUAAUUUAUUAUUAGAUUGUAUUACAUCACAACAAUUACCAUCAUCAAUUCAACAGAAUUGUCACUUAAUAUUAGAGAAUAUUUUACUGGAAUUAGAUUUAUUAAUACGUUCUGGUACAAAUAAUAUCGAUUUUUUAACAUCAAUUGGUAAAGAUUUACAUCAUUUAGAGCAAAUUUUAUUAUUCGAAGAUGAUACCACAUCUGCAGCUUCAUUAUUACGGCAAGAUGUUGCAUGUCGUAUUAUUAUAUUGUUAGGUAAUAAAAAUCCACCAGCUUUCAUGUUAAUUAGCAGUUACUUAAUACGUAAAUCGAAAACUGAUAAUCAAUUGAAAUUAUUAGUGAAAAUAUUAUCUGAUAAUUUAAGUAGCCUUUCGUUUGAAUUUGCCCAUGAAGGUGAUUGUUUGGGUCAAGCCAUAGAACAUGCUAUAGGUCAUACAACAAUGACAAUCGAAGAAGAAGAUGAAUUAUUUUCAUAUGUUGAUAAUAAUGACAUUGAUCAUGAAAAUGCUGAUAAUAAUGGCGAUGAUAUUGAUAUGAAAGAUGAUAUGUUAUCAUUUACUGAAACAAAGUCGGUACAUAAUAUUUCAACAGUUGUUACGGAGCCAUACAGCGUUAAAGCUCAAACUUUAUGGUCGAAUAUGUUGAAACUGUUAAAGUGGGAAAAAGCUGUCCAAAAGAAGAUCAAUGAAAGUAAAGUUUCUGAAUUUAAUAUAAUCGAAAGUUUUAUCGGAACUGAUCGUUCUUCUAAAAAAUCCAGCACCAAUGGUGAUAAAGAUAACGAAACAGGUUUCGAUCAAGAGAAUUUACCUUCAUUAUUAACAAGCCAUGGCAUUUCUAAAGCAAUUUUUAGUAAUCUUAUGGAAGUUUCACUUAUAUUUGGUGAUUGUACACGACAUUCUCACGUCUCGCACAUCUUAGCUGAACUCCUAGUACUGUUAAAUGUUCCUUCUCAACAAUCAAUUUUAAAACCACCGUCAUUGGAACUUCUGUUACAUUUGACAACGGUUACAGUGAAAUAUUUUUUCCAGUCAUGUUUAGAGGAUGAUCCACAUUUACGUGCAACAUACACGUAUCGUACAUGUGUAUUGUUGAAUCGAUUAUGUGUAUCUGUGGGAGCAGCACGAACUUUGGCCAUACGUGAAUUACUAGAACAUGCGUUAUUUAAACCGCAAUCAGUGCUAUUUGGUGCAAAAUUUAAUCCAAAUAAAUCAUAUUCAGAUGAUUUGUUGUUAUAUCAAAAUUUAAAACAAGGUACUUCAACAUUAUUACAACGAGAUUCAUCAAUAUUUCAUGCGGGUGUUAUUGGUUCUGGAUGUCGUAAACAAAGUGCUUCCAAUCAACUCGAAAAAGAUGCAAUUAGUGCGAAUACCACUUGGCUAAUCAAUGCAAUUGAAGCAUGUUGCAUGCCUGCCUUAUUUGACGAAGAAAGUUCAAAUGAAAUUACAGAUGAAAAUAUUAUUUUUAAUACUAAAAUUACAUUAGAGACAAUGGAAAAAGUUUCAUUAUUUUUAGUUGAAAAUAUCAGUUCUGAUGUCAUGUAUAAUGGUCUACCAUGGCCGGAAGAGGAACAUAUGAAAGUAACAAUUGAACGAGAUUUACAUAUUCGACGAAUGUUUAGCGAUAUUCCUCUUUUAUGGGAAUUAAUGUUUAUGUUAAGUAAAUAUCCACCAUCUUUAUGUUUUUGUUCGGUUUUGUUACGGGCGUUGACUGCUACAUUGCUACAUCAGUGGAAUAGUUUAGGAAAUCGUGGAUCUGGACUACAAUUCAAUCAAGAUCAAUCUAAUUUAGAUUCAUUAACGGCACAAACGAUACAGUUAUUAGAUUUAAUGGCAAUUGGACAAUUAUUACCACGACCUUUAUCGAAUAUACGUGAUAUUAUUACAAUUUUAACACCAACUGAGAUUGUGCAAUUAUUACGUGAAUGUGUAUGGAGUUACAUGCGUCCAAAUGAACAUGUACCAUCUCCCGCUCUGUUUAAAGUGAAUUCUCAAGGUCAAUAUUAUCGUGAUCCCGAAUCAAUAAAACCUGGUGCACAAUACACAGAUCCGUUACGUUUAAUAUUACAACGGAAUAUUGAUACUUUGGGUGAACAAUUUUGGUUAAUGUUUGAUACAUCCACAAAUGAACAAGAAGAACAAUUGAAUAAGAAAACUGAGCCCACACAACAAAUUUCCACAAAUUAUGGGUAA